CAGCCCCGGGCGGCAGGGGCGGAAGUGCGUCACGGCCGCUUCCGGCGUGCGGGGCGCUCCAAGAUGGCGGCGCUGGCGUUGAGGUGUGUCGGUCGGCGAUGCCUGCUGGCUCGGCUUGGCCCCGGCCUUUCUGUGCGACACAUCGUCCCGAUGGGAACGACGGCCAAGGAGGAGAUGGCCCGCUUCUGGGAGAAGAACACCAAGUCCAAUCGUCCCUUGUCCCCUCAUGUCACCAUUUACAAGUGGUCCCUGCCCAUGGCGAUGUCCAUCACGCACCGGGGCACCGGCGUUGCGCUGAGCUUAGGAGUCUCCCUCUUUGGUCUGGCUGCACUGCUGCUCCCGGAACAGUUUCCCCACUACCUGGCCAUGGUGAAGUCGCUCAGCUUGGGGCCCGCUCUCAUCUACUCUGCUAAGUUCGCUCUGGCUUUUCCCUUCUCCUACCACACCUGGAACGGAAUCCGACACCUUGCAUGGGACAUGGGGAAGGGGUUCAAGAUCCCCCAGGUCAACCAGUCCGGGGUGCUGGUCCUGAUCUUGACCCUGCUCUCCUCCGCCGGCCUGGCGGCGAUGUGAAGGUGCCUCCCCCUUGACGGCCUCCCUGGUUUUUUGGAAGAUUUCCUCCGUCCUGGCCCACCUCAAGACGUGCGUGGAGAGGGGAGGCGGGAGGACAGGCUCCUGAGUAACUACAAACGUGCGGGGAAGGUGGCUCUUCCCCUCCUUGCGAAUCUUGUGGAUGAUCAGAGUUGCUUUUCGUUAACCCGGCUGAUGUGCUGACCCCCUCUUAGCUGGGGGUGGGGGGGGGCAGGGACAGGCCGGGCUCUCUCCUGCCACGCCGCACGCCCGAGAAGCCACGGAAAGCCGGGCACCAAUUAACAGCCGAUCCCCACACGUUUAGUCGCUCCCACAGAGCUGCCUGGCUUCUUCCAGGCAAACUCCAGGGCGUUUCUUUUCUCUGCUCUGUCCCCAAGCUUGAGACAAUGCUGAAUCUGUGUCCCCGCAGGUCCGAGUGGGCUCGGGGACGGCUGGUAGCGCGGGUGUAGGCUCGGCGCAGGACAAGCAUCUCCAUUGAGGCAGCCCGUGGCAGGGCAGGGAGAGCAGGCGGAGCUGCCAACGCCGGCACCCGUGAGGAGAAUGGGUGAUGGGUGCCGUGCCGGGACCCUGCACUUCCCGAGCCUGGCAUGGGGUGCUCAGACCCCCAGAGGUUCAGUCCCCACUCCUUACCCUUGAAAUUCGGCCAGCUUUGGAGCCUCUGCCAGUGAAAAAUGAUCCGUUUUGCCCUGUUAGGAAGUUAAUCCGUCUCUGGCACGAUGGGAGAGACGUGGUUUUCUGAUCGCGUCUUGCCACCAGCUCUCGUUUUCGGCAAUUGUCACUUGUCCCCCUUUGCAAUAAAGCAGCCUUGAUCCUUCGCACUGA